CUGUGUUGCCCCCUGUCUCAGCCAGCACGGACGGAGUUGUUUCUGACAUUUGAAUGAAAAACAAUCUGAAUUGCUACCACUUUGGACAGAUGAAAUAAUGGCUUCAGCCUUGGAGCAGUUCGUGAACAAUGUGCGGCAGCUCUCUGCUCAAGGUCAGAUGACACAGCUGUGUGAACUGAUCAACAAGAGCGGGGAGCUGUUGGCCAAGAACCUGUCCCACCUGGACACUGUACUGGGGGCCUUGGACAUCCAGGAGCACUCCUUGGGCGUCCUGGCUGUGCUGUUUGUGAAGUUCUCCAUGCCAAACAUCCCUGACUUUGAGACGCUCUUUUCCCAAGUCCAGCUCUUUAUCAGUACCUGCAAUGGGGAGCACAUCCGAUAUGCAACAGACACUUUUGCCGGCCUCUGCCAUCAGUUGACAAACGCUCUUGUAGAACGGAAACAGCCAUUGAGGGGCGUCGGCAUUCUAAAACAGGCAAUAGACAAAAUGCAGAUGAACACAAACCAACUUACCUCAGUUCAUGCGGACCUGUGUCAGCUGUGCUUGUUAGCAAAGUGCUUCAAGCCUGUCCUCCCAUUUCUUGAGCUUGACAUGAUGGACAUCUGUAAGGAGAAUGGCGCCUACGACGCAAAGCACUUUCUAUGUUACUACUAUUACGGAGGCAUGAUCUACACGGGUCUGAAGAACUUUGAAAGAGCACUGUAUUUUUAUGAACAGGCAAUAACCACUCCAGCUAUGGCAGUCAGUCACAUCAUGUUGGAGGCCUAUAAGAAGUACAUCCUGGUCUCCUUGAUUCUACACGGCAAAGUGCAGCAGCUCCCCAAAUACACAUCACAGAUAGUUGGGAGGUUCAUAAAGCCUCUCAGCAACGCCUACCAUGAGCUUGCUCAGGUGUACGCCACCAACAACCCAGCAGAACUGCGCACCCAGGUGAACAAGCACAGCGAGACCUUCACACGAGACAACAACACAGGCCUGGUCAAGCAGUGCCUGUCAUCCCUCUACAAGAAGAAUAUCCAGAGGCUAACAAAGACUUUCUUGACGCUGUCCUUGCAAGACAUGGCAAGUCGAGUGCAGCUGUCAGGGCCCCAGGAGGCUGAAAAGUAUGUCUUGCACAUGAUUGAAGAUGGCGAGAUCUAUGCCAGUAUCAACCAAAAGGAUGGCAUGGUCUGUUUCCAUGACAACCCGGAGAAAUACAACAACCCCGCAAUGCUUCACAAAAUUGACCAAGAGAUGCUGAAGUGUAUAGAGCUGGAUGAGAAACUAAAGUCCAUGGAUCAAGAAAUCACAGUAAACCCGCAGUUUGUGCAGAAGAGUAUGGGAACACAGGAGGACGAUGUAGGCAGCAAAACGUCAAGUUACUCCUGAGGGCCAUGGACAGGGGAGAACACUGCCACCCUUCAGGUUCUCAUUGGAUGACUUUUUUUUUAAAGUGGAAAAACAUUCUAUUGAGUAUGGACAUUGGUCAAGGAAAAUCUAAAUGUGUGGAAUGAUAAUUUGGUUAUUUCUUUCACGGUGUCUUGAGGAAACCUAAACAAAAAAACAAUUUUGUCAGUGUUUUAUUUAUCAUUGUUCAGGCGGAAGAGCCACUGCUGCAUUAACAACCAUAAUAAUAAAAACUGGACUUAUUUGUUCAAAAGGAAUGUGUGAUAAAGCACCGUUUUUCUGUUGCAUGAUAUAUAUAUAUUUUUUGUUGAAUUUCCUUAUAGGAUAACAUGCCACAUUUGAGGAAAUCUUAAGUCUCAUGUUUCGAAGAUCAGUAAUUUCCUCGACCUGCUAGACAAAUUUUCUGGUUAAUCACAUGGAGAUUUGACAACAAAAACAAGGCUGGACUUCUGCCCAUGACCAAAUGUUGAGAGGAUAGUACAGCUUAAAAAAUAAAACAAUUGGUGCACUGUUUUUUUCCAUCCCCUAGAGGUCUCUCGUGUACUGUGUUGUACUGUAGUUUGCAUUUACUGCAGGUGGGAUGAGUUCUGAGCUGGAGUCAUACUUAUCUGUUAUCUGGAAGGACUCGAAUACAUUAAUUCAGUAAAUUGACACAAUUUUGGAUUAAAUGGAUCACAUCACA